CACCCAUUUCGAGCUGAUUAACGACAUUCAUCAUUGACAAGACCUUAAUCGAAGAGAUUUCGUUGACAAUGGACUUGAAAACUGAAUUGCAAGGAGGAGCGAGUGUGAAAGAAGAGGAGGUUACAUUUAUAUCGUCCACGAUCACCACCGCAACCGCUGGUUCAUCGUCUUCGUCUUCUUCACCGCGGCCGAGGGAAGGGUUGCAUGAGGUAGGUCCUCCGCCGUUCCUGACGAAAACUUUCGAUAUGGUGGAAGAUCCAUCAACUGAUUCGGUGGUUUCGUGGAGUAGAGGAAGGAAUAGUUUUGUUGUUUGGGAUUCUCAUAAGUUUUCCACUACUCUGCUUCCGAGGUAUUUUAAGCAUGGGAAUUUUUCUAGCUUCAUCCGUCAGCUUAAUACUUAUGGAUUUAGAAAAGUGGAUCCAGACAGAUGGGAAUUUGCAAAUGAAGGAUUUCUCGGAGGUCAAAGGCAUCUUCUAAAAACAAUCAGAAGAAGAAGAAACAUUGCCCAAUCCACUCAACAAAAGCAUGAUAUUGGCCCAUGUAUCGAAGUCGGUCAAUACGGAAUCGAGGAAGAACUCGAAGGACUCAAAAGAGACCGAAGCUUAUUAAUGGCAGAAAUCGUACGUCUAAGGCAACUUCAACAACAUUCAAAAGACCAACUCAUAGCCAUGGAAAACCGAUUACGAUCCACCGAAAGAAAACAACACAACAUGAUGGGGUUUCUCGCAAAAGCAUUUUCAAAUCCCGAAUUCCUUCAAAAAUACAUGGCUAAAUACGCACACAGGGAACAAGAACACAUUGAAAUUGGUCGUAAAAGAAGGUUAACAAUGGUGCCAAGCUUUGAGAAUCUACAAGAAGUUGAUGAUGGUCUGGAUUCAUUCCUUGCGACCCCUGUUGAAGAUGAAUCAAGCAGCGAUGUGGGAAAUCAAGAUGUUUCAAGCUUAUUGGAAGACGAUUCUAAUUUAUGGGAAGAACUAUUGAAGAUUGAGAAACACCCUGAAGAUGUUCUUGAUGAUUUAGAUGGUCAACAACUUGAAUGGGAUGAGGAUUUACAAGAAUUAGUGGAUCAAAUGGAGUAUUUAAGGGGCCAAAGAAACAAGAAAGAGAAGUUGGAGGGGUAAUAUUAGAGCUGAAAGUGAAGGUGAAUUCUGUUGGGUCAACUUUUUUUUUUUUGGGCAGUCUUGAAGUUUUUGUCCCAUAUUUGUACCAACAUCAGAAUGUUGUAAUUUUUGUUUUGUUGAUAUUGGAAUGUUAUUUUUUUUUUAUGAUGAGGGUUUUAGAGGUGUAUAUGUGUUUUGUAUAUAUUGUGGUGUGUAAAUUUUAGACGGAAUGGAAGUUUUUAUUUCUUGUUCUAUUAAUCAGUAG